AGAGAUAUUUAAUUACUUUGCCUGGAUAUCGUUGAAACAGUUGAAAUGAUGUUGCAAUGUUGUUAAUGUGGAAAACAUUGCGUGGAUUAAAAUGUCAGCUGAAGGAGGAAUAAGAGACGGGAAUGUGAAAGUUCAUUUUAAUACAAGGGAGGGCGUUUAUAAACAAAUGCCGAUCUCAGAGUAUUUCUACCCCAAACGUGUUCCAUUCACACAGGGACCAGCGUCAACCUCCACUCCGGUAAAAACAUCGUUUGUGAAAGUUAACGACGGUAAGGAAGAUCAAGAUUGUGUUUGUCUCACUGUGGGAAGGGAGUUGUUCUACUUCAUGUACAAAUCAAUUAAAGAUCAUUCCCAACCGUUGGAAUUCCUCGACAAACGAACUUACAAAGGUGUCGCCCCGACCUGCCACGAUAUCAACCAGAAAAGCGCGAACGCCGAAAGUGUGAAGGUCGCUGUCGGGUUUAUUGCCGGUCAAGUUCAAAUCAUAGAUGUCGGGACAAAGCAAAGUCUUCAAAUCAUGAAUGAAGAUAGAUGCGUGGAGAAAUCUAAAGUAACGUGUGUAAGGUGGUUCCCCAACAGUGAGAACACGUUACUAUCGGCACAUAUAAGUGGAUUCAUGUACACGUAUGAUGUUUCACAGCCUUGCCCCAAUGUAGUGCCUCAAUAUCAUUCACAUCCGGACAAAGUCGGCGACGGCUAUAUGAUCCACAGCAUCAAGGUGAAGAGUUCGACUUCCAACACCAACGGUAACGGGGUGGGGACGGGUAACCCGCUAUGCAGAUGGACGAUGACGACCGAUGGGUCAGGGGUUCACAACUUCAGCUUCUCGCCUUGUGGGAGGUUUAUUGCUAUUGUUACCCAGAACGGCUACUUACGAAUCCUUGAUAUAAACACAUACGACCUACUUGGUUGCAUGAAAAGUUACUUUGGUGGUUUGCUCUCUUGUUGUUGGAGCCCUGAUGGUAGAUACGUGGUAACAGGUGGAGAGGACGAUCUUAUUUCGGUGUGGUCGUUCUGUGAGAAGAAUGUCAUUGCGCGCGGUAGAGGUCAUAAAUCGUGGGUGAAUGACGUCUCGUUUGACCCCUUCUGUUGUUCCAUACCUUCCGAUGCCGACAUGAAAAGUUUCUACGGGAUACCGAGCCUUAGUGAGGUGUUUCCGGACGUUAAGAAGUCGGACUCGGUGAAUAAUAAUUCCCCCGGCGGUGUGGAGGGGAAAGUGGAGAAACAUCAUGAACGUUUAAACGGGGAUGUAUCAGUCCCUAUCAGCGCGGUUAAACGGAUGCGCACGUACAGUAAUAUAUCAAAGUUUUCGAGGUUAAGCAUCGGGUUGGACAGCGGGGCGCCAGCCGUGUGCUACAGGUUUGGCUCCGUUGGCCAGGAUUCCCAGUUGUGUAUUUGGGAGUUAGAUGAAACAACUUUGUGUUUUUUUAACAAAACCGUGGAUUGCGGGGAAAACUCUUUAACGCCAUCGAGCGAUUCGUUACACGCAAACAGCGAACCGUUAACUGAAAGUUUAACCCACUUACCAGAAAUUAACGGGGCGUAUGGGGUGGGGCACAACGGGGGAAGCACCCAACACGAGAACUAUUUACCCAAAGAAGUGACGACGUCAUCGCGGUCCAACAGCACCCCACACUCGAUAAACUCAGCCAAGAUCAAGCGCUCUCUAAAACAUGACUCGGAACAACAAAUAACAAGCGGAAAGUUUUUAACACUGGGUCCGCACGACCGUAAGAAAGCAAACAAGGAACAUAAGCGGAACCUCAGCCUCCCACACUUCGGGUUUAAAUCCUCCUCGAGCCCAAGCAACCAGGGGCCACAAAAAUAUGGGUUCCAGCACAGGAAACAUCAGCCAACCAAGUUUCAGACAAUUGUAUUCGGUACGCCACGGUGCCCGAAAAUGGCCGACACUGCGAUAUUAGAACCUUUGGUUUGUAAGAAAAUCUCCCAAGGCCAAAUAACUUGCAUAGACUUCAUGUGGGACAGCGUGGUAACCACGUGUCAGGACGGGUUCAUACAACUGUGGAAACGACCAAAUAGCAUCCAGUCCCCACUAAGUGAAGGUUCCAAACCAAGUGGUACGGUUGUAUAAACAAUCAUUCAGAUUAUUCUUCAAACAACAAGUCUUGCUCCAAUGUGCCUUUACCAUGUACAGUGAUUGUGCAAUCCUGGUCCAUAGAAACAAAGAUAGGAAUUGUUGUUUCCCCAACACAUAAUAAUUGUCAUUAUGAUGAAUCUCCCCAUGUUGUAUUGCAUGUGAAAAGUUUCCAAUAGUUUUAGCGCAAGCUUUGUUUUAAAAUCGUGGAAAAACCAGUCAACAAAUUAAUUGUUCCACACUGUUAUGAUUUACGUUCGCUGCUGGUGUAAUGUUUAAUUUAUUCUACCAGCCAGCACUGGCUGAUAUUUUUGUCAAGACGUAAUUUAUAUUAACACGAAAAUGAUGAAAUUUUUAUGCUUCAUCAUGGUAUCGUGUAUGAUGUUUAUGCGUGCACUUGCGAUUAAUACAUAUGAAUAAUGAUGGA